UUAUUUUGAAAAACAAACCACAAAACUCCUCUCUUCCUUUCUUCUACACAUUUGCGGCCAACUUCAACAUCCAACUUCAAAUCACAUUUCAUCAAAUAUGGAAGAAAAUCUACCUAGGGGUAGGCAUGGAAAGGCAAUCAAUGCACAUGCUUCCGCUCGUAGAGAGCUUGCUGCAAAUCAUCCGUCCAAACGAGGUCGUCGCAAAGGACCAACUCCGGGGCAAGGUACACAUGAUGCCGAGGCGGGUGGGUCGCAUACACGUGGACGGACACGUCUAGGACAAUCAUUGGUGGUGCAAGAUGAAUUUGAUGCCGACCAAUUUUUAAAUGCGUGUUUUGAUUAUGAUGAUCUUGGAUCACCACAAGUCUCACCACAAGUCUCACCGCAACACUCACCGCAAGAUGAACCGCAAGACCCACCGCAACAACCACCUCGACAACAACGGCGCAAACCAGUACGCCGAAAACCACCAAAGUGUUCACGUAAUGAUGAUGAAGUAGGUUUUGGAGGAGGACCGACGGAUUUGUCCUUGUUAACGGAGUACGAUAAGCAUAUGGCUAUUCCGAUAUGGUAUGCAGACCCAAAUGACAAAGAGGUAAACCAAUUUAAAAUACGACGAUUAUUUUAUUAAAAAUGUUGUGAUUACGUUAGCUCGAUAAUUUUUUGUGUUAUUUGAAUUUUUCAG